CUUUAAGUGCUUACCCAUACAGAUAUUGCACCAGUCAAAUAACAAGUACCAACACUGUCAGUUAGGACCAAAAAUUUGCGUUGCUUGGAGAAUAUUGUGUAGGGGGCGCUGUCAUGGCAAAAAAUUUUUAAAAAAACCUUUCUUCUGUUUAGUAAUCACCAUUUUGACCAAAUAAGCGCACAAGUCAAAAUAAUGAAAAUGAUAUAUUUGAUUUCUCUUAUUUGAGGAGGGACUUAAAAAGAUAAAAACAAUGACAAUCAUAUAAAGUUGUUAUACCAAAUGUGUCAAGACACAAUUGCACAUCUGCACAACCAGUGGAACAACAUUUUGGAUGUUAGAUAUUUACUUUAUUGAGCUCUGAUCUGGUCUUAACCAACACCUGAGGGGUACCUGCGUCUGCGCGACUGCUAAAUCCUGUUAGCCAGUAACCGGCUAGUCACUAAAUUUGUCUGUAUGCUGUUGACAUGUUUUGUCUGGAGGAAGGGAAUUACUAACAUUUAUACCCGUCGCUCUGAUAUAAUGACUGUUACUGUUAAAGAACUGAUAAUACCAAAAUGAAAAACCAUUGUGCAAUGCACUGGUAAGGACCUUGACCAAGGCUAGUUUAAAUACUGGUAUUUCAGAGAGAACAGGGAGGUGAAGUAAGGUCCAGUGAAUGCAGAAAUGAUGAUCAUGUGCAUAUGCCUGGGUCAUAUAAAACAAGACAUGUCUCAGUUAUUCACUGUAGUGCUGUUUUACUGUAAAAUAUAAGCAAAAACAUCUAUCUCAAGGAUUUAAAAAAUAUAACCAUUAAUGGCCAACUGAAUUACAGUCAUAGAGGAGUUUGUCACUGUAUUAAUCAUUGAACUAAUAGCUAUUUAGUCAUAAAUAGCUAAACGUUUAAUCUAGUAUUUUAUCUUGAUAUGUGGUUCAGCCUUUGAGACAUGAUGACUGCAACCAUACUUUUGGUCCUAAACAGAGACUUUGACUCUUUGACCAAAAGAUCACCUUUCUGCCUGACACAUAGAUCAUCUUCCUCUUACAGCUGUGUGUACAUGCAACAAUAUGCAAUAUCCCUUAAAAAGGUGAGUCUACAGUCAUGCUAGUUGAGAACACAGCAGCGCUUUCAGCUAAAGGCUAUCAUCUGUAUGUAUGUAACAUGUACUGUAAACCAUCUUAUUUUAGCAUUUUAGCAUGCUUACAUUUAGGUAACCCAGUAACAAAGAUUGAAGACAAACUGAAAUUUUGAAGAAAUGCUGUUUCCUAGAGGAGAAAUGAACAAUUCACCUAAGUCAUUGGGAUUCAGCAUCUGGGAAAUGUCUGUACAAACUGUAUUUCAGUCUGGACCAAAGUGGUGGACAGACAGACUGACCAUCCCUAUAGCAGCACAGCUGUAUUUUGCAGCUUCACCUGCAGCUUCAUUUUGUUAUGAGGUUGAGGGUUUCCAUAUUCAUCUCUGUGGAGACUUGUUUAGAUGCUGUAGUCGGUGCCUUGUUCAGGAUUUAGAAGUAAAUAUGUGUAUUUGUUCAGAAGUACUGUAUUUUGUAGUAACUGUAUUUUCAUGACCAUUAGCAAGUAUUUGACAAUACAUGUUUUCCCUUGUGUCUUAGGUCACACUAUAUUGCAGUUGUAAUAAGAGAUGUACAGUCUGGAAUAAAGAUAUGUUAUGUGGGGCGGAGCAGGUUAACGCAAUUGCAGACACAGAGACAAACAGGGUAGGAACAAGGUAUUUAUUUAAAAAGGUGAAUAAAAGGGAAUGCAGGCCUGGGGAAGCUUGGACUGGUAGCUGGGGACCUGGGACUAAGGCUAUUUGGGGUAAGGGGAGCAGGUCCGGAGUGGUAUUCGUAAAGGAAAAGCAGAGUAGAACAAGGGUCCAGGGCAGACGAGGCAAGCGUCAGGAGACAGAGCAGAUGGUACUGCAGGGAUGAGACAAGGGACGGGAGCCAGGAUGGAUGAAGCUGGCUUGGAAGCUUGUCGACGGGUCGACAGGAUGACUGGUCGGUAGGAAGAGAGAUGAGCAGGAAAACUGGGCAGGCAUGAAGUGAUCCUGUGGCACAAGGAGACAAGGUUAGUUCAGCGAACAAAACAACAAGAGAGGUUAAGCUUUGGAUGCACAAUUCAAAGUGACCUGAGACUUGAUCUACCACAAUGGCUGCAACAAUGAUCUGGUGAUGAGAGGAUGAAGAACAAGGGUUAAUAUACAGCUGAGUAGAUAAAUUGAUGGAUUGCAGGCGUGUAGGCUGGACAACAAUCAGGGAGCUGGGAGAGUGCCAGGGGGAGCACAGCUGUGACCGUGACAAGAUAGAAGACCUCAACUCAAAGAAAAUGGGUUUUAAUUUUGUUUUGAGUGAAGGCCCAGACAAAUGUUCAUCAGUUUCUGUUCUUCAUAUCUGACAGAGUGAAACCUUAUAGAGUAAUUCACAAGAAAUUCAUUCAGUUAGUCAGUGCCUUGUGGUCUAAUUUUGCCAAUGUAGGCUGACUACUGACUGAUGAGCCUGUAAAUCUGCAGUGCAAGUGAAAUUUGUGACUAUUUUGGUUUACAAUUAUCAGGAAGAGAUAGUGAUGCCACAAAAUGAUUCAUUUGACCUCACUACUUCCACAGAGUGAAAGUUAAGCAUCACUGAUGUAGAAUGCUACGGGAAAUUUGCUAGUUGCUUAAGUCACUCUGGUGUAAUGCCUGCAGUCCAGUGUUGCAAAUUUACUUUAGUAAGAGUCUGAUAAGAGAGGACGUGACUGGAUGUUACUCUUCUGGCUGGAGCAGUGCUUAGGUUGAACUCUAUCAUUGGGGUCAACGUGCACAUUUCCAAACAUAUACACAGACGUGCAUGCACGAGCACCGGCAACAUCCGCCCUUCAACAUAUACAGCAACAAAGACCCCAGUGUCUAAGAGAGGAUGAGAAAGAGACUAUAAACUAUCACUCACACACUGCAAACACACACACAUACACCCACAGAAGACUGCAGGUUUUUGGUAAGUGAUGUCAGAGGUCAUAAGGGAGGUGAGGUGAGUAAGUGAGUGAGUGUUUUGGGGUGAGUGUGUUCCAGAGAGGUGGGAGGGUCAGUCUUGAGCUGUAUAAAUACAAGACUGUGAUGGACACUGGGCAUGAAACGAAGAGUGCGAAGACACUUGAGGACAGUCGGAACAACAUUUUAUCAAACGAGGAAAAAGAUCUGCAAUGGCCAACGACAAGAGUUUGAUUAUUGCUGUGGAUCUGAGAAGUCAUGAAAACAACUUGGCACACCGCACUAAGGACAUCGAUCGGGAACGCUUGAUCGUCCGCAGGGGUCAACCCUUCUCCAUAACCCUGCAGUUGACUGACUCUCUGCCCCCUGAACACCACCUGGAACUGGUCCUGCACCUUGGUAAGAGAGACGAGGUUGUGAUCAAGGUUCAGAAGGAGCGUGGGACCGGAGACAAGUGGUGGUUUAACCAGCAGGGAGCACAGGAUGAAAUGCUGCUGACUCUGCACAGUCCAGCGGACGCUAUCAUCGGCCAGUACCAACUGUCUGUGUUGAUGAUGUCACCUGAUGGACGCAUUUUGGAGAAAAACGACAAAAUGAAGUUCCACCUGCUCUUUAAUCCCUGGUGCAAAGAUGAUGUGGUGUACCUCCCUGAUGAGAGUCUGCUCCAGGAGUAUGUUAUGAAUGAAAGUGGACUCAUUUUCAUGGGGUCCUGGGAUGACAUCAAAAGCAUUCCCUGGAAUUAUGGACAGUUUGAGGACCAUGUGAUGGACAUCUGUUUUGAAGUCCUGGACAACUCCAAGGAUGCCCUGAAAAACCCAGAGAUGGACAUGGAGCACAGAUUCGACCCUGUCUAUGUCACCAGGAUUAUCACUGCGAUGGUGAACGCCAACGAUGACAGGGGUGUGUUGAGCGGUCGCUGGGUGGAGCCAUACUCUGAUGGAGUUGCACCUUAUAGAUGGACUGGCAGCGUACAAAUCCUCCAAAAGUGGAGUGAAGCCGGGACCGAGGCUGUCAGAUAUGGCCAGUGCUGGGUGUUUGCUGCUGUCGCCUGUACAGUGCUGCGCUGUCUGGGAAUCCCAACACGCCUCAUCACCAACUUCAGCUCUGCCCAUGACGUUGAUGGAAACCUCACAAUUGACUUCCUGCUGGAUGAAAAACUGGAGAGGUUUAACAGCAGAGGACGCAGCGACAGUAGCUGGAACUUCCACUGUUGGGUCGAGUCCUGGUUCAGGAGAGAUGAUCUGCCUGAAGGAAAUGAUGGCUGGCAGGUUUUGGAUCCCACCCCUCAAGAGCGGAGUGAUGGUGAGUUUUGUUGUGGUCCGUGUCCAGUGAUAGCCAUCAAGGAGGGAAAUCUGGCAGUAAAGUAUGAUGCUCCGUUUGUAUUCGCUGAGGUGAACGCUGACAUCAUCUACUGGAUUGUCCAGAAAGAUGGCCAACGACAGAAGAUCAGAGUGGACCAGAAUACCGUGGGGCAGAACAUCAGCACCAAAAGUGUUUACGGUGACCACAGAGAAGAUGUCACUCUACACUACAAAUAUCCUGAAGGCUCCAAGAAAGAGAGAGAAGUGUAUGAGAAGGCGGGACGGCCAGUCACCGAGCCGUCCAAUGUGAUUGCAAAACCAGGACAACUACAGCUGACAAUCAAGCAUGCUAAGCCUGUAUUUGGGACAGACUUUGAUGUGAUUAUUGAGGUGAAAAACGACGGAGAAAAAGAUGCUCAUGCUCAGCUGACCAUGCUGGCCAUGGCUGUAACUUACAAUUCUCUCCACCGGGGGGAGUGCCAGAGACAAACAACCAGUGUCACUGUGCCAGCUCACAAAGCCCACAGGGAAGUGUUGCGUCUGCACUAUGAUGACUAUGUCAGAUGUGUCUCUGAGCACCAUCUGAUCAGGGUGAAAGCCUUCUUGGAGGCACCAGGGGAGAAUGAACCCAUCAUGACCAUGGCCAACAUCCCACUGAGCAUGCCUGAAGUACUCAUCCAGAUGACUGGGAAGGCUGUUGUAAAGGAGCAAGCGACAGCCUACAUCUCCUUCACCAACCCUCUACCAGUCCCACUGAAGGAUGGUGUGUUCACUGUGGAGGGGGCUGGCCUACUGUCUGCCACUGAGAUCCGUGUUAAUGGUGAUAUUGCUCCAGGCCAGAAGAUAUCUGUCAAGCUCUCCUUCUCACCCACGAGGACUGGAGUAAAGAAGCUCCUGGUGGACUUUGACUCUGACAGGCUGAAGGACGUGAAGGGAGUUGCCACUGUGGUUGUCCAUAAGAGACGCAGCCCAAUAAUUGCUGGAUUUUAGUGAAAGCUUUUGAGCUCACUGAAAUUGACCCAUCUUACAUUGUGAAAUAAUGUGACAUUUCUUGGAUGUGAAUGUAAAAGAAAAAAUAAGUAUCAUAAUACAUGGUAAAUGCAGAUUAACUUAUUUAAAUGAUACAUGAUGACCAUGUCCAUAUCCACAAAGAAAUACUGGACACAGUGGUAAUUUCAUUUCCUUAAAGCCACUAUGUGUCAGAUUUGAAAACUGCUGUCUUUGAUAUCACACCUGGUAAAAGAUGCCCCCUUUGGAAAUACACACAAACAAUGUGUAUUCCUCCUCAGUGGCAUCUUACUUAACUGUACUUCUUUGUCCCAUCCUGUGUCCUGGUCCAAAUCACUACUGAUUAUUAAAUGACUAUAAUGAAAACCAUCAGUCAUGAGGUGCAAGGUUAAAACUUUUUGCUAUCAGCUUUGUUAUGUGUACAUUGUUCAAAAGUAUCUUAUCACAUCAAAUCUGUUUUUGUAUGUUUUGUUACUUGAUUACCUUUUUGCACUGUCUCCACUCCCUUUUUAGUGAAUAUAUGGUUGGAACAUACAUCAUUUUAUCUAAUCAUAACAUUUAUGCAUUUGUAUGUUUAUGUAAUGUAAUGUAAUGUAUUAUUUAUGUGUGCCAAACUGUGAAAAAUAUAGAGAGUAUGCUUUCAAUA